CCCCGCAGAGAAAGAAGAGUCUCUCUUUCAGAUUCCAUUUCUCUACUCCGUCUCCACUGUCUCGCAGCCCUCUUCUAUCUUCACAAAAAGAAUAGAAAAGAAAAAAACAGUGAGACAUCUGAUUGUGUCCCUUCUCCUGCUUCCCUCUCCGUCAGCACCUCUCCUACUGGAAAAACAAUUCAAACCUCUCCUCUUUCUUUCUCCCUCUGAAACCAAACUUUCCUUCUUCUGAGUGAUGGGUGUGAGCUGCUCCCGGUGCUCCCACACUUCCCACAUCACAGAAAUCAUCAUCACCAGUUUCUUUCGCCACAAAUCUUAAGACUGAUUAAUUAAGAUAAAAACGUUAAAUAGAGAUCAUUCAGUCCUGGAAUCUGGUUCUUUCAGUGUUUGACCAGAUACUUUAUAUAAUAUAGCUGCGAUGGCAGCUUGAUUAAACCUGUAUCAGCAGGAAAGUUUUUAGAAAAAUCAUGGCGGCUUGUGGUGGUGGUGGUGGUGGUUCUAAUCCCAAUUUGUCUGUUUUAGUUCAAAGCCAAAGAGGCCCUUGUGCUGCUUCUCAACCUCUUGAAGCUUUUUUCCUUUCUGGCUCUUCUCCUUCUUUUCUUGGUUCAAGAUCCAUGAUGAGUUUUGCAGAUGUUCACCAAGCAAAUGGAUCAACUAGACCGUUUUUCCGCCCAUAUGAACACGAAGACAACGGCGACGAUGAUUUGGAUGAAUAUUUUCAUCAACCUGAAAAGAAGAGGAGACUUACUGUUGAUCAAGUUCAGUUUCUUGAAAGAAGUUUUGAGGUUGAGAACAAGCUUGAACCCGAAAGGAAAAUCCAGCUGGCGAAGGAUCUUGGCUUGCAGCCUCGGCAGGUUGCCAUAUGGUUUCAAAACCGCCGGGCAAGAUGGAAGACGAAACAGCUUGAAAAAGAUUAUGAGGUUCUGCAAUCUAGCUACAAUGGCCUUAAGGCUGACUACGACAACCUCUUCAAGGAGAAGGAGAAACUAAAAGCUGAGGUUAAUCUUCUCACCAACGAGUUGCUCCUUAAAGAGAAAGAGAAAGGAAGCUCAGAAUUGUCUGAUAAAGAUGCAUUAUCUCAAGAGCCACCCAAAAAGGCAAUAGCCGAUUCAGCUUCAGAGGGUGAAGUGUCGAAAACUUCAACCGUGGCCUGCCAGCAGGAAGAUAUUAGCUCAGCCAAAAGUGAUAUGUUUGAUUCAGACAGCCCACAUUUUGCGGAUGGGGUACAUUCCUCACUCUUAGAGGCAGGUGAUUCUUCACAUGUCUUCGAGCCCGACCAAUCGGAUUUAUCACAAGAUGAAGAAGAUAACUUGAGCAAGAGUCUUUUGCCUCCGUACGUCUUUCCAAAGCUUGAAGAUGGUGAUUACUCUGACCCGCCAGCAAGUUUUGAAGAUCAUGCCUUUUGGUGCUGGUCAUACUAAGUUGCACUUGGUAUAUAACAUGGUUUCUGUGUCUUUCUUCUUGUUUACAGCUUGUUAAUCAUUAAGCAAUAAUCCCAAUCCAAAUGUGGUGUUGGGUUCUGGUUGUAGUUGGAAAUGAUGGUCUUUCCCCUCCUGUAAUCUUGUUUUUGCUGGGGUACUCUUUGUUUGAGUUAGAUGGAGCUUUUCCGAACCGAUUGUAAAUGAAUUUCCCUUGCAGUUUGUUUGGGAAGGUAAUGCAUUUCUUGUAUUCGAAAUA